AAUGAAGAGCAAGAAAAACAAGAACACAACAGUGAAGGGUGGAUUUUUUGUUUUCGACUGGUUUCGGGCUUUGAGUUUGAAGAAGAGAGGAGACAAAUUCCUGCUAUCGUCAUUCAAUCAGUGGACUCUGGGACUCGGACUUGUGCAGUGUCAGCAAAUUAGGGAAGAUCGACCAGCAUCGCGAACUUUGGACUUGUUUUUAUAGCGACAUUUUCGAGCAGGGUCAUUUUUUUUCUGUUGGUUGAUAUCAGCUUUUGCUGGUUGUAUAAUACGUCCCGAGUAGACUAGGGCGAAGAAGAAGCAGGAAAAUGUCCGAAAAUGUGAGUCCGAUCAAGUACUUUCUCUCCGGAGGUUUCGGAGGGAUCUGUACGGUUCUGGCCGGGCAUCCGCUCGAUACGAUAAAGGUGCGGCUACAAACGAUGCCCCUCCCGGCAACUGGUCAAAGCCCGAUGUAUGCCGGAACUCUGGACUGCGCCAAGAAGACAAUCCGCAACGAGGGGUUCCGAGGGCUGUACAAAGGAAUGUCCGCUCCGAUAGCUGGCGUGGCGCCAAUCUUUGCCAUGAGCUUCUUCGGAUUUGGCGUGGGAAAGCGAUUGCAACAGACCACUCCGGACGAAGAACUGAGUAACCUUCAGCUGUUUGCCGCUGGAGCGUUCUCUGGAGUGUUCACGACAACUGUGAUGGCCCCGGGAGAACGGAUCAAGUGCCUGCUGCAGAUUCAACAGGGCGGUAACGUGCCCCAGAAAUACAACGGCAUGGUAGACUGUGCGAAGCAGCUUUACGCCGAGGGAGGAAUCCGCAGUAUCUACAAGGGAUCGUUUGCCACCUUGCUUCGAGACGUUCCGGCAUCGGGAAUGUAUUUCCUCACGUACGAAUACGUGAAGAAGGCUUUCGCGCCAAAAGAGGGCGAGAAGGACGACGCCGGAAAGGCUCUGCUCAUAACGAUCUUUGCCGGAGGAAUGGCAGGUAUUGCCAACUGGGCCAUCGGAAUGCCGGCCGAUGUGCUCAAAUCUCGACUGCAGACGGCCCCGGAAGGAACCUACAGGAAUGGCAUUCGCGAUGUAUUCCGAGAGCUGAUGAAGAACGAAGGCCCGCUGGCACUGUAUAAGGGCGUAACUCCGGUCAUGUUGCGAGCCUUCCCCGCCAACGCUGCUUGCUUCAUCGGGUUCGAGGUGUUUAUGAAGUUUUUGAACUUUGUGGCGCCCAACUUGUAGAACCAGGGAAAUAACUCUUGUUCGUUGUAUUUGGUUUAUGUAAGAAUAGAAAGUUAUUGUAUUUUUUUGAAGAAACAGGUAGGUCACCUUUUGGGUUACGGUUUGAACCGACAUUUGCAAUCAAUACGGCAUUAAAUGCUAUACCAGGUAAAUCAGCAUCAGGAAACUGUUCCUAAUGCUUCAAAGCAGCUGAAGAGAUACUGCCUAAUCACGUUGACAUAUUUUGUAGUAAAAUAAACAAGAUAUAUCUUUGUAUAACAAAAUGUAACUU